AUGGAUGAAGAUGCCCCAGCCCAAAAGCCAUAUACAAGCGAUCCAGCUGAUGGUAAAACCUGGACAGCUGAAGUUAAAUCUGUUGAUGUCUUCUCAUCCAAUCCGGAAUUAAUGAAUUUCGUUGAUUUUAAAGUGGAACGUAUUGAACGUGGCAUCUAUGGAUUUUCGGGAAACAUUAUGGAAUCGCAAAUAUAUUUCAGUUCCAAUGGCAAGGAUAAUUAUCGUAAAACACCUUUUCAUAUCUAUCGUCAGCAUGACUAUAAAAUUUUGGCUACAUUCUAUAAAGAUGUGGCAAUGGAGGAGUUCAAGACCUGUUCAAAUAUGCCGCAAUUUGAGGGCGAAUUUGUGCCACCCCUUGCCAAGGAUACCUAUUAUAUGGAUAAAUGUCAAUUCGAUAUGAGUGGUUUUCCAAAUCAUCUUGAAGAUGGAUUUUAUAAAAUCGAAGUGACGGGAUUUGGUGAUGUGGAUUGGUCCAUGGUGUUUGUCUUCAAAGUUGAGAGGGAUAUUUGA